AGCUCAGCUGGGUUGCAAUAUGCAGGCAAUUAUAGCAGGUUCAUCACCAUAAUAAGCGAGUGCUUUAUGAGGUCUAUAUAUCAUACUCAGAGGCUGCAGGAGGACUCACCAAAAGCUAGAGGAAAGGAAACCAGGAAAAUCAACACUCUGUGAUCUUUGAGCUCUCUCUGCUGACUACCAGAGAUCCUUGAACCACAGUUUGGAAGCCUCUGAUGUAUAAUUGCCAAGUUGCCUCCUUACAUCAUCCACUGCACAGUCCAGAUUCCACAGCAUAAACUCAGAGUCCUUGAACUGCAUCUUUUCCAGAAGGCAGCUGCUUCUGUCCUGUGCUGACUUGGCUUUUUCAACUGUCUGUCCUACUACUUGUGCAAUCCCAGAGCAUGGAAUUAUUAUGGCAUUGGCCCUUCUCAGCCACCUGAUAGUUCCCUUUUGCCAGACUUCUCUCUGUCCAUGACCUUCGUUUCUCCCACCAGGAACAUCACCAGUUCAGAAAACAACCAACCAACCAUGCUUAUAUUCCAAAGGAAAAUAUACAGAACUGUAGCCACCAUUUGUUAGACUGGAUGUCAUUCUCCCCCCCCCCCCAUUUGAUUACACUUGAGGAUGAGGCACACCAGUUAAUCUACACUUUAGGCAAAUCUGAUCCACUUCUGCAGUGAGGCUUGUGCCCUGCAUCACUGCAUUCGUGCCAGCUAUCACAAGGCUCAAAGGAGAUGAUAAAGCAGAAUCCAGCCAGCAAGGUCAUGCCCAGUGUGUGUGUGUUGCAGUCCCGCUUCGGCAGAGUAGGAAUAUGGAGUCCUUCCUACCCGGGAGCGUUAACGCCGAAUGAGUUUUCCAGGGUUAGAACCGCUCUUGCCCUGAUCCUAGAUCACUUGUCGCGUCGGCUGCAACGAUGCUGCAGCCUGCGCCUGGGAGCGAGCAUCCUUGCCCAGCUUCUGCGGCUCCCUAAUGCCAACAAGUCCUGAGUGGUUAAACUCCAGCCCACACCUCGAGCCCAGCUGGGCCUAAGCACCGCCCCUGGCCCCCCUUCCCUUCCCUGGCCCCCUCCCCCAGCUGCCUGGCACCGAGCGCUGCCGCGGCUGCAGUUCACACUUGUAUUGCUCGCUUCCAGUGCGCGGGGCCGGCGGAACCGGGCUGUGGCUGGGCAGGGACUUGAGGAAACUUGUGGGGGGAGGAGAGAGCGAGCGAGCGAGCCUGUGCUGGGGGGGCGCUGCGGUCUCUCCCUGCUGCUGCUGCUGGGAGGAGGAGGAGGAAGGCUCGGGCUCCGCUCAGGAGGAGAAGCAGCAGCAGCAGCCGGAAAGGAAGAGGCAGGAGAGAGGCAUUUGGAGCCCCCUAAAGUGCCCCCCGCCCCUGCACUGCAGGCGACAUUUCCAGCUUCAUGGGCAAAGUGUGGAAACAGCAGAUGUACCCCCAGUACACCACCUACUACUACCCCCAGUAUCUGCAGGCGAAGCCGUCCAUUGUACCAUCCCACCCAAUGGCUCCUCCUAGUCCCAGCACCACCAGCAGUAAUAACAACAGCAGUAGCAGCAGCAACUCAGGUUGGGAUCAAUUAAGUAAAACAAACCUUUACAUAAGAGGACUGCCUCCAAACACCACUGACCAGGACCUGGUAAAACUAUGCCAACCAUAUGGGAAAAUUGUAUCCACAAAGGCUAUUUUGGAUAAGACGACAAACAAAUGCAAAGGUUAUGGUUUUGUAGAUUUUGACAGCCCAGCAGCUGCUCAGAAGGCUGUUUCCGCUCUGAAGGCUAGCGGAGUCCAAGCACAGAUGGCAAAGCAACAAGAACAAGAUCCAACUAACUUAUAUAUUUCCAAUUUGCCGCUGUCAAUGGACGAGCAGGAGCUUGAGAAUAUGCUUAAGCCAUUUGGGCAAGUUAUCUCUACAAGGAUACUUCGUGAUUCCAGUGGCACAAGUCGUGGUGUUGGCUUUGCAAGGAUGGAAUCAACAGAAAAAUGUGAAGCAGUGAUUGCUCAUUUUAAUGGCAAAUUCAUUAAGACGCCACCGGGAGUUUCUGCUCCUGCAGAACCUUUAUUGUGCAAAUUUGCAGAUGGAGGACAGAAAAAGAGACAGAAUCAGAACAAAUAUAUACAGAACGGGAGAGCGUGGCAUAGAGAAGGCGAGGUGAGACUUGCUGGAAUGACGCUUACUUACGAUCCAACUACAGCUGCUUUACAAAAUGGAUUUUAUCCUUCACCAUACAGUAUUGCAACAAACAGGAUGAUCACUCAAACAUCUAUUACACCAUAUAUUGCUUCUCCAGUUUCUACGUACCAGGUUCAGAGUCCUUCUUGGAUGCAACCUCAACCAUAUAUAAUGCAGCACCCUGGUGCUGUAUUGACUCCCUCCAUGGACCACACCAUGUCACUACAGCCUGCAUCAAUGAUAAACCCUCUGACACAACAGAUGAGUCACCUUUCAUUAGGCAGUACUGGAACAUACAUGCCAGCCACAACAGCUAUGCAAGGAGCCUACAUACCCCAGUAUACACAUGUUCAGACAGCAGCUGUUCCUGUUGAGGAAGCUAGUGGUCAACAGCAGGUUACAGUAGAGACGUCCAGUGACCAUUCUCCAUAUACGUAUCAGCAAAACAAGUAACUGAGAUAUCCAGUGUUGACCUUGCCUGGAGAAGGGUGCAAAGGCUGAAACAAUCAUGGAUUUUACUGAUCAAUUGUGCUUUAGGAAUUAUUGACAGUUUUGCACAGGUUCUUGAAAACAUUAUUUAUAAUGAAAUCAACUAAAACUAUUUUUGCUAUAAGUUCUAUAAGGUGCAUAAAAAUCCUUAAAUUCAUCUAGUAGCUGUUCCUGUGAACAGGUUUAUUUUAGUAAGAAAAUUUUUAUCAAGUGUUAUGACGCAAUUUUUUUUCAAAUUUCUGGGUAUGCACAGAUGACCACGAAGACUUAUUCACGUGCAUGGCAGAAUUUGUAUUUUGUUUUUUUCUUUGUUUGGUUUUGUUUUGUUUUUGUUUCUUUUGUUUUGUUUUUUUAUUGUAUGAAAUGGGUUUUCUGAAGUUUAAAAUAGUAAAACAUCUAAAAUGAUGAUCUGUGCUUGCAGUGUGUGAGUGUUGCUACAGUGCAGUGUUGCAGUUAGUGUCUGUUCUCUUAGCUUUCUGUUUUUCUUUUAACGUAGUGUGAAGUGUCUUAUCCUUUUCUAUAAAUUCCAAUUUGCCUUAAAUCUUUCAUGCUGUAGCUGUUUCAGUAAGUAGUCCAAACUAAUGGUGUAGAAUGCUUUGACCAAAUGAGCUGGUCUAUUAUGCCUUGUAAAACAGCAGCAUAGGGCUUUUAAAAGGUAGUCAGUAAAAAUUGCUGAAAAUUUGGCUUUUUUUAAUGUGUGGUAGGUGUUUUUAAUGAUUUUUUUCACAUAAUAUGUAAGGUAGUGAAAUGCAAGAGGGGAAAAAUGUUUUGUGUGAAACACAUUUUCUGACUGGGGAAAUUUUAAUAGGAUAAAUUGUUUGUAAGGCCAUAUGCCAAUAGUUUCCUCUGAUAGUUUGAAUGAUUUAGGAACUCUGCUGUAUGAUGCAAUGUAAAAUCUUUUUUUGCCUUUUUUCAGAAACUAACUUGAUGUUCUAGUUUUAGUGUAGGUAGAGGGGGGAGUUUGGGGUGGGAAUAUCACAGAAUGUUUUUGUCCUUCCUUUAUACUAAUGAUAGUGCUUUAGAAUGAUGAUUGUGCUGAGACCUAGCAAACAGAAAAUUUGCUAUUACAGCAAAAUGGCAAAAGCUAAGGACUUGUUUGCAAACAUAAGCUGAGAUGUAAGUAGACGCAUAAUUGAUUGGGUACUAGCUCUCUAUAGUAGGUAAAUAAAAAUAAAAAGACUUGGCACUUUUAAAGGUAACUUUACCAAAGAACAAAGAGCCAGUAACCAAUAAUUCUGAUUUGUCUCAGCAUUACGUCUUCUGUACUCUUUAUUUUUGCCGGACCAGUUUGCGGUUAGGAGAAUGUGCCUUUUUUUGUACAUUUGCAUUUAGGUUUUAUAAUUUUAAUUGAUGUAUGGACACAAAAAGCAUGAAGGAAGAUUUGGAUCCAAGCAGUGCCACACUUUACAUCAUCACUACAAGUGUUAAGUGUAAAGAAAACCGAUUUUGAAACUAUGAAAUUCCUGAUUCAUAAAUACACAGUUAUUUGUAUUUUUACGUAUUAGAUAAUUCACUGCUAUUAAGCUCUUUUAUUACAAUGGCAUAUGUUUUAAAUCAAAUGAUAAAUUAAGUUGUCUUCCAAAACUGUGUACUUGUCUGGUCAGCUGUAUAUGAUCAGUUAUCUACCUCAAAGUUUAUUUCUUUUUGUACUGGGACAGGUUGCUGGCCCUCCCUGUUUCCACAGACCAAAUCAUCCUAGCUCAGGAGCUAGGGCUAAGCAGUUACUUCAUUCAAGUAUUUUUUAGUUUUUAAAUUGUGUGAGUAUUGGAGUAUAGAUGUCAGUGACAUUUCAUAGUUUCAAAAGUAAAUUGCUGCUCUGAGAAGUGUAGAUUCUAGUGAAUUACAUAGUCAUAAGAGAUGUUUGUUUUUUCUUUUUUUUUAAAAAAAAAGUUGUGGUAUUAUUGGUUCUAUGCUCCCUGGAAUAUUACUGCUUUGUAAAAGUCCAGACUUCCUGCAGCACCUUCCCUGUAUCUGGUAUAUUGCCAUUCUUGGAUCUCUCACUACUUGAUAUUUUUUGCAUUCGUUAAAAUUGCAAUAUAAUAGCUGUGUUAGAGGGAGGGAAGAGCUGCUGCUAGAAACGUCUGAACUAAGUGCCAUACUCAUUGUCUGGGUAAGAUUUGGGAAAUUUAACCUCUGUACAUAAAGAAAUAAUCAGUUACUUAAACAUCACAUAGUAGACAGCCAUUAAAUUAUAAAAAAAAAUUAAUUUAUGAAGAAAGACCUUUUGUACAGAUUGAAAAAAAAGAUUUUCAUAGAGAUAUCUAUAUGAUCAAGAGAGUUAAUUUUUUAUUUUUGUUUUUCUAGUGCCACAAACUUGCCAGUGGUAACUUAUUUGUCCGGUUCAAGAUAACUCUGUAGUUUUGUUUCCUAGGACUUGUUGUUAAACGCCAAAAGACAUUUUUGAACUGUACAUUUGAUUAGAUUGUUAGCUUUUUUCUGUUUUAUUUCUUUUGAAAACUUUUGAAUAAAAAAGAUUGAAAAAAUGA